CAUUUUUCAAAAUAUUUAUAUUCAGUUACCCGUCAUAUGCAGAGUUUGCUCUAACAGCCACACUGACUAACCUGGAAUUGUUAUAAACAUUCAGAAAGUUUGCCUUGACAGAAUUCCCAAAAUAUGAAUACAGUUUCUGAAUAUAACUGUUAAAAUUAACAAAAUGCAAGCAAUAAUUUAAUAUUGCAGAUAACAGAAUUUUUCUUUCUCAGGAAGACUAUGAUCGUCUGAGACCUUUAUCUUAUCCUAUGACCGAUGUCUUCCUUAUCUGCUUCUCAGUGGUAAACCCCGCUUCAUUUCAAAAUGUGAAGGAAGAGUGGGUACCGGAGUUGAAGGAAUAUGCACCUAACGUUCCCUUUUUACUAGUAGGAACACAGAUUGAUCUUCGUGAUGACCCAAAAACUCUGGCAAGACUGAACGAUAUGAAAGAGAAGCCCAUAUCUGUGGAGCAAGGACAUAAGUUAGCAAAAGAGAUAGGAGCCUACUGCUAUGUGGAGUGUUCAGCUUUAACACAAAAAGGACUGAAGACUGUUUUUGAUGAAGCUAUUAUAGCCAUUCUAACUCCAAAGAAACAUACAGUGAAGAAGAGAAUAGGCUCAAGAUGCAUAAACUGCUGUUUGAUCACGUGAGAUACAUUUGACAAUGGCCAGGCUUACUGUGAAAUUCUACUGAAUUUAAAUACAACGCAUUAAGUACACAGCAAACUUGUUACAGGUUUGAAAGCUAAAACUACGAUUCUGCCUUCUACAACCAGUGAAAUCCAGAAGAAUAAAAUCAAUCUCAACGAACUUGUAAUAAGAAGCCACCACACCUGUUACAAAUAUUUUAUUCAGACUGGAAGGUACAAUCUCUCAGGGUUACAUAGUCUAGAGGAAGCAAAAACUGCACCAUGCUCAAAUGGCAUCUAUGUGAUUUCAUUGAGUGGAGAUGCUUGGCCUGAAAUAUUCUAAUGAAUUUGGAUAGUCUUCUGCUUUGUCUAUACAUCUCUCUCUUAAAAAAAAACCC